AUGGCAACGAAGAAGAUAAUCAUGGUGGCAUCUUUGUAUGAGUUCAGUGAGGUGGCUGCGGACGAACUCAUCCAAGCCGACAUUGAUGCCCAUGAUGACCCGAGCACAGCACCUUUCUUCUACUUCGACGCUGCUAAACAGGCUUUCUGUGCUGAAGUCGACCAGGACGACGACCAGACCAUGCGAGAUUUCCUCACCCGUAUGGCCGGCUACAUCGAGUACCAGCUAUCAGUUCCGCCUGCCUUGGACGAUGAGCCUCGUAUCCGUCCUUUGCCGGGCACUGUCAUAGAAGAUCUAAUCCCAGAAGAGCCUACUGGGGACCAAGUGCUCUUGCAAUACGAUUCCGACAACGAAUCAUCCGAUGGAGACGCUCCUGGCCCCAUGCAACAUCUGACCGCCUAUUGGAAGCCACGAAGUGGGAAUAUCAGCAUACUUCCGCCUAUGUACGCCAAAGAAAUUGCACGAUUGACAGGAUCUUCACUCUUCGCCGAAGAGGCUGAGAAGCGCUAUCGAAUCUAUCAAGGCAAUUUUCAGCUGGCUCUUGAGAAGCUUGUGAGGCUUGAGCCUUUACUGGAAACUCUCGCGACACAGACUAGCAAUUGGUCUCUCCGUGCAACUGGCAAUCUUCUCGUCUGGCCUCCCAACCACCAAGAUUCUAAACUAGAGUACGUCCACAUGGUGCCUGAUCACUUUUCCUACCACCGCGUCGUUGUCAACCGGCAGGAGCAAUCCCUCUUUAGUAAAGUGCUUGGUGAGCUCCGUGUCUUGGAUUCAAGGACGAGGAUUCUGGAAGUCCCUCAGAACCUGGAGUACCACGGCGUUACACAUACUGCUGAGUGUCAAGCCUCGAAGAUCUGGGAAACACAACAGUACGCAAGCUUCGGAGAUCCUCAGAAUAUGGUCCCCAUCGUCACCUCGAAUCCGACCUCCGAGGACAAUAGCGAUACAGGCACCGUGAAGGAUGCCGGAAAUGACAGAAUUACGGCGUGGACGCACAAUAUUGUACCCUCGGCGAAUCCGGAGAUUGCCCCUGAAGCACCACCGGUGGAGCAAGCCCCGCCUCCACGCCGCAGAGUCAUCCUCCAGUCUGACAGCGACGACGAUGAGCCUCCUCGUGCCAGAAAACCUGCUCCUCCGAUCGUCCCAGCAGCUACAGCGGCUCCGCUCGUUCGGUUAUCAGAUGAAGAAGAUCUUACAGAGGCCACGACACAGCCAGCCUUUAACCCUACACCCUUUCUAUCCUCUUUCCCCGUCAAGCACAACGACGACACUCUCGUCGACGUUUCAGAAGAGAGUACGCUCGCGGACAGAUCGUCUGCACAGGCAUUUACGCCACUGCCGUCCAGCCUGGAGGAAGACACUGAUGUCGCCACCAAUGCAGAACAGUCUCACGUCGGUCGAACCGACCCAUUCGCCAAUCUUGUAAACACAGGCAUGCUACAACAAAUGGCCCCCAGUCCUCGCCCGCAACCAAUAGAUCUGGUCAUUGACCAAGCGCUCAUCGAUAGGCAGGCGGAAAGCCCAGUAGAGUCACAUGAGGCCCCUUCCAAGGCCACAGACGUACCGACAACGACCCCAGAAGAUUCGCCAUCACAGCCUUUCCGAAGACCUAUCUUUGAUCCUAAUGCAUAUCGAUCACCUUCGCAACCAGCUCGAUAUCAACGUGGCCGGGGAAGUCAGCGUAGGCGCGCUAAUGAUCACUACCGCGGCAGUAUCCAAGGCGGCAGAAACCCAAACAAUAACCACGCUGAUCAACCACGACCCAUGGCAGCUCCUAUACGAGCUUCUCCUCGAGGUGGUCGUCGAGGAGGAGCACAUGCAGGCCCUCGUGUCUCUGCAUCUGUCGGAAGAUCUGCGAGAGUUCAUGACACUGUAGCGGAUAUACCGCAGGCAUCGGACAGCAAUCUUAUCGACGUCAGAGAACCAGUAACUGCGAGCCGUGCUCCUAUUGUGCCUCCCGGUUUCGAGUCGAUAGUGCCGCUCGUGCCGGAGACGGUUUCCCGGGCUCCUGCCAUCCCACCAGGAUUUGAGUCCAAGAUUUCUCCAAUACCAACGGCUGUUUCCCAUACCGAUACCGUGGAGUUACGGAGCGCGGACCAGAACCCGCCGCCAAGCAAGCCACCGUCCCAGUCUCAUAUACCAUCUGGCACUACCUCGCAGUCUCCGAGCUCUAGGCGGUCUCGUAGCACCCGUUGGAAGUUCAGUGAUGAAGGUGCAGAAUGGGUGACCACGUUCAUACCGAAGGUUGACCAAGCGGCUUUGAGGGAAAAGUCCCUGCAAGAAGCUCUGGCAGCCGUGGCAGCUUUGCAAGGCAAGAACAAGAAAGCCGACGAGGAAAAAACGCCAAAGACACAUUCAACCAUGCGCCAGCAGGCUGGAAACCCUGGCAAAAAUUCGAAGAAGUCGCCGGGGAAGAAAGAGACCAAAGAAGAAGUGGCGGCCCGCAGAAGACGAGCGAUCGGAGAGGCUCACGGUCCGACCCCGCCAGCUAAUCCACCACGAUCAACCACUUUAAACGUUGAAGACAUGAGCGAAUGGAAGAAAAAGCAGAUGAAGAAGCAGACACCUAUAGCACAAGCGCAUCCCGAAAUCGUAGGCGACAGUCUUCGAGACCAAGAGGCCUACAGGCUUGUCGGACUUUUGCAACCAGUGUUCGAGGUAGGGAGGCUUCUGCCCGGGAAACUCAACUUUGAAAUCCAAGUCGGGCAAGUUCUCGUUACCCCUGGACAACAGUUGUCCGACAAGACUUUCCACAGCGUCGACGACUGGAAAUCUCACUUCGACUCCCGCAGAUCUGGCCAUACUUUCUCCAGCUUCACCAAGAUAUUGACGUCCAACGGCGCCGAUAUCGAUCGCGCUCUUGAAACAAAGGGUGCUGGCAGAGGUGGCAACCUCAGGCUUUGGGAUCCAGCGCCUAGCUCUCUAUCCGUCACCUACGAGUUUCAGUGCCAGAGCCGAACCAACGAGAACUUUCAGAUCGUCGUCGACGAGACAGGUACCUAUGACUUACGAAAGGGUCUGGUCAACGUCGGCACGAUCAGCAUCCACGUUCCAGCUCAGAUCUGGGACCUCUCGGCAGCUUUGUCCGCGCCAUUGAAGUGGUCGGACCCUUCGGACACGGUCGCGCACAGUGUCAAGUCCUUCGUCGAGUCGCUUUACAUCUUGCCCGACCGGAAGAAGAUCAUGCUGUACUUCCGCCCGCCUCACGACGGCGAAUUUAAGAUCCGAAACCUCAUCGUCAAGCGAGUCAGCUACCAUCCGAGCAAUAGACCCGAUGGCAAAGACAUUGCGCUCAAGGUGACGGAGGCAAAGAAUCUCCAUUUCAAGGUCCACGCCGACGAUAAGAAGCUGUGGCUGGCCUAUGAACCUAUCCUCGACCCUACCGAAGAAGCAGAUUAUAAGCUGCAACUCGCCGACGCCGGUCGAAUCCACUACGAGAUGUCUGUCGUCCACCGUGGCAUCAAUGAAGUCCUCGCGAAGAACGAGUCUCUUGAGAUUGGCGAUCUCACAGACGCCGAAACCACGGGCCAGGCCCUCCUCGACCGCAACAUCAUCCGGUCCAUGCUCGACACGGCCGUCCAGCUGGUCUCGAAAAUCGACUACAUCGGCAUGUGGAACUACGGGACGCAGAAGCGCCUGCAGGAAGAAGAAAACGAGCGCCGUGAGAAAAUGCUGGGUCCUCGAUCGAGAACUGUUGCUCCGCCAGGCUUAGGGCUUGUCCAUGGUUCCAUCAUGGGUGGCAGCCGGAUGAAUACAAUGUCAGGCAGCACUCCAGGCGGACCUUUGGCGCAGCAGCAGCAGCAGCCUGUUCCUGGCAUACGACCCAACACCGUCGCCGAGAUCAUGGUCGACGAGUCCGGCAACCACUACUUCUUGGGCAUGGGCGGCGCGAGGGUUCCCAUCCCCGAGUCGCAAGAGGUGAUUGAUCCCGCGGCUACGGUGAUGCCGGACGACAGUGCGAGCAAUGCUGGGAGGGGCUUUCAGUCCGUAGGCGCGUCUCGCUUUCUCGAUCGAGGAGCGGCAUUCUGGUGA